CUUCUGGGUCAUCGAAGAAGACAACAGCGACUUGAGCAAGAUGAAGACGAUCUGUUUGGUUUUAGUCAGCUUAGCGGCGGCAUAUGCUGCUAAGAUUGAAACGGUGUUUAAAUUUGAACAGUUAGAAGAGAUCCAAGUGAAGGACGAUUCAGAGGGCGUGCACUGGGCAGUGAUAGUUGCAGGUUCAAAUGGCUGGUAUAACUACAGACAUCAGGCUGAUGCCUGCCAUGCCUAUCAGAUCCUGCACAGAAAUGGCAUCCCGGAUGAGAGGAUUGUGGUCAUGAUGUAUGAUGACAUAGCUAACAAUGAGCAAAACCCUACCCCUGGUAUCAUCAUCAACCGCCCCAAUGGGACAGAUGUGUACCAUGGUGUGCCUAAGGACUAUACUGGAGAUGAUGUUACACCGUCAGUGUUCCUCUCAGUGCUUCAAGGUGACCAGGAAGGUGUACAGGGCAAAGGCUCUGGAAAAGUCAUCAACAGUGGCCCCAAUGACCACAUCUUUGUGAACUUUGUGGACCAUGGUGCUCCAGGCAUCUUAGCCUUCCCAAAUGAGAUGCUUCAUGCUGCCAAACUGAACCGGGUGAUCAAGUCUAUGGCAUCAGCAAACAAGUUUGCUAAGAUGGUGUUCUAUGUGGAAGCAUGUGAAUCUGGUUCAAUGUUUGACAACCUUCUGCCCAAAGAUCUUAAUGUAUUUGCUACAACUGCUGCCAACCCUGACGAGUCCUCAUACGCCUGUUACUACGACAGGAAGAGAGACACUUACCUGGGAGAUGUGUACAGUGUUAAAUGGAUGGAGGACUCUGACCAGGAGAAUCUUAAGGUGGAGACAUUGAGUAAACAGUUCAAGAUUGUGAAAAAGGAAACAAACACCAGUCAUGUGAUGGAGUAUGGAGAUUUGACGAUUGGUGAUGAUGAUGUGGCAGAAUAUCAAGGAAACAUGAAGUCAGGGGUUUUCAUUGCUCCUGAACCAAUUGUAUAUCAGCCUGUGCCGCUUAAUGCAGUGCCAUCAGAAGAUGUACCUUUGAUGAUUUUGCGUAACCGACUGGCCGAUUCUGAGUCCAAAGAAGAGCGCAUUAAACUGACAGACGAAAUCCUGGAAUUGGAAGCUAUGAGGCAGCGUGUGCGUGACACAGUGAAGCACGUAGUGGGUCUGUCCACCACCCAUCACACCCAGGCCACACGCGUUCUGGGGAUGCGUCAUCCCCUCCGUAGCUACGACUGUUAUGAGCCUGUAGUGGAGGAAUUCUCUCGCACAUGUUUUCACCUACCUCAGAAUGAUUAUGCUCUCCGUCACAUGUACAAGCUGGUGAACCUGUGUGAGGAAAAGAUUGCCAUCCAGACCAUUGUGGAAGCCAUUCAGAAGGUGUGUCUGGACAUGUAGAAUGGAUGACAGAGACGGUUGGGAAGUAAACACACCCUGGGUCAGCGGUGUUUUGGACAGGUGAUUGAUGCAUGAGCUUAAGAGUUGUGACCAGGAGCUGUGAUACAUGUACACAUUGUAUUAUACAUUGAUUUUCACAUAUUGAGGAUUAUUAUAGGUAUACAAGAACAAAAUUGUAACAAUGACAUCCAUUUUCCAGACCCAUCCUGUGUCACAUAAAGUGCUGUGUGUUUCCUGAACAGAAACCAUUUUAUUGCCAUCUAUAAAAUACAUUUACAGCUAAUGUAAAAUUGUGUGAUUUUUUCUUUUGUAAACAUUUUAUAUGCUGAUAUUUUAUACAUAUACCUUACGUAUAUAGAGUUGUACGAAAUUUUUGGUGUAAUUGUCCAAUAAAAGUAGAUGGUUUGGGUAUAAAUAGUUGUUAGUAAUGUCUUUGAGACUUGAUCUCAGGAAUGCCCAUUGAUUGUUGUUGUUGUUGUAUAAAGCAGUAAUUAUCUGUGAUGUUCAUGAUACAUGUACCAUGUACCAUGUUGUUCAUCUAGUAGUAAUAUUUCAAGAUGAAUUUAAAAAGAAAAUUGCAACCUUCUCAAACCUUAUA